AUGAGUAGUGAAGAAUGCUCAGGAUCUGACGCGAGUCCUCAAGGUUAUAACGAGGAGGAUUCAUUGAGGAUCAUAACAAGUGGAGCAUAUAGAGGCAGAUGGCCUUUCUCAAGAAUCAUCCAAGGUUACUUUUUGUACAUAGACCAUCAGCUGCAUACAAAUUCAGUUUCUGAAGCAGAUAUGUGCUUCUUUUUUUCUCUCCUUUCGUGUCUACACUCCCAGGCGGUGGAACGGCAGCCAAGAUUGGAUAUUCAGGCGGUGGCGGCGCGUGGUAGGCUUUUGACUGCUAAGGAUUUUCCUUCUGUUGGCUCAAAGCGAACUGCUGAUUCUGCUUCUCACGCAGGUGCAUCUGCUCCUCGUUCAGGCAGUCCAGUUGUAGGAUGGCCAACUAUUGGAUCUCACAGGAUAAACAGUUUGGUUUAUUACCGAGCUACAAAGUCGGCGAGGGGAGAAGAAGAAGCUGGUAAGAAGAAAGUGAAAGAUGAUGAGACUAAAGAUGUGACAAAGAAUGUGAAUGGGAAAGUGGAAGUUGGGUUUAUAAAGGUGAACAUGGAUGGAGUUGCUAUAGGAAGGAAAUUUGAUCUGAAUGCUCAUUCUUCUUACGAUAAUUUGGCGCAGACACUAGAAGAUAUGUUCUUCCGCACUAGCCCGGGUACUAUCGGGUUAACGGGUCAGUUUACUAAACCCUUGAGACUCUUAGAUGGAUCCUCUGAGUUUGUACUUACUUGUGCAGACAAGGAAGGAGAUUGGAUGCUUGUUGGUGAUGUUCCAUGGAGAAUGUUCAUCACCUUGGUAAAAAGACUUCAAGUGAUGAAAACCUCUGAAGAUAAUGGACUCGAUAAUCUGCAAGACAUCAAGAACCGAACGAAAGACAAAUAA